GAAUAGCUAUUCACAGUCAGACAGAACCACUUAUCACGUUUUGCAGUAUCUCCUGAGGAAGUCAGAAUCUGAGCCAGCAUGAAGACGGAAUCUUGUCUUCGAUCUGAUUUGCAAACCGUACUUUUAUUCUAAUCAUGUGCAAGGUGGAGGUUAUAGCGUGGGAACUAAAAUCUUACUUCCUGCCUGACACAGCUCACUUCAAGAAGUGCACAAUGUCAGAACGUGGAAUUAAAUGGGCUUGUGAAUAUUGUACGUAUGAAAACUGGCCAUCUGCAAUCAAGUGUACUAUGUGUCGUGCCCAAAGACCUAGUGGAACAAUUAUUACAGAAGAUCCAUUUAAAAGUGGUUCAAGUGAUGUUGGUAGAGAUUGGGAUCCUUCCAGCACCGAAGGAGGAAGUAGUCCUUUGAUAUGUCCAGACUCUAGUGCAAGACCAAGGGUUAAAUCUUCGUAUAGCAUGGAAAAUGCAAAUAAGUGGUCAUGCCACAUGUGUACAUAUUUGAACUGGCCAAGAGCAAUCAGAUGUACCCAGUGCUUAUCCCAACGUAGGACCAAGAGUCCUACAGAAUCUCCUCAGUCCUCAGGAUCUGGCUCAAGACCAGUUGCUUUUUCUGUUGAUCCUUGUGAGGAAUACAAUGAUAGAAAUAAAUUGAACACUAGGACACAGCACUGGACUUGCUCUGUUUGCACAUACGAAAACUGGGCCAAGGCUAAAAGAUGUGUUGUUUGUGAUCACCCCAGACCUAAUAACAUUGAAGCAAUAGAAUUGGCAGAGACUGAAGAGGCUUCUUCAAUAAUAAAUGAGCAAGACAGAGCUCGAUGGAGGGGAAGUUGCAGUAGUGGUAAUAGCCAGAGGAGAUCACCUCCUGCUACGAAGCGAGACUCUGAAGUGAAAAUGGAUUUUCAGAGGAUUGAAUUGGCUGGUGCUGUGGGCAGCAAGGAGGAACUUGAAGUAGACUUUAAAAAACUAAAGCAAAUUAAAAACAGGAUGAAAAAGACUGAUUGGCUCUUCCUCAAUGCUUGUGUGGGGGUUGUAGAAGGUGAUUUAGCUGCUAUAGAAGCAUACAAGUCAUCAGGAGGAGACAUUGCACGUCAGCUCACUGCAGACGAAGUACGCUUGCUGAACCGUCCUUCUGCCUUUGAUGUUGGCUAUACUCUUGUACACUUGGCUAUUCGUUUUCAGAGGCAGGAUAUGCUAGCAAUAUUGCUUACAGAGGUGUCUCAACAAGCAGCAAAGUGUAUUCCAGCAAUGGUGUGUCCUGAACUGACAGAACAAAUCCGGAGAGAGAUAGCUGCCUCUCUUCAUCAGAGAAAGGGGGAUUUUGCUUGCUAUUUUCUGACUGACCUUGUAACAUUUACAUUGCCAGCAGAUAUUGAAGAUUUGCCCCCGACUGUCCAAGAAAAAUUAUUUGAUGAGGUGCUUGAUAGAGAUGUUCAAAAAGAAUUAGAAGAAGAAUCUCCAAUUAUUAACUGGUCCUUGGAAUUGGCUACACGUUUGGACAGUCGAUUAUAUGCACUUUGGAACCGGACUGCAGGAGACUGCCUACUUGAUUCAGUACUACAAGCUACCUGGGGCAUCUAUGACAAGGACUCGGUGCUUCGGAAAGCCCUGCAUGACAGCCUGCAUGACUGUUCACAUUGGUUUUACACACGCUGGAAAGAUUGGGAAUCAUGGUAUUCUCAGAGCUUUGGUUUACAUUUUUCCUUGAGAGAAGAACAGUGGCAAGAAGACUGGGCAUUUAUACUCUCUCUUGCUAGUCAGCCUGGAGCAAGCUUGGAGCAGACGCACAUUUUUGUACUGGCACAUAUUCUUAGACGACCAAUUAUAGUUUAUGGAGUAAAAUAUUAUAAGAGUUUCCGGGGAGAAACUUUAGGAUAUACUCGGUUUCAAGGUGUUUAUCUGCCUUUGUUGUGGGAACAGAGUUUUUGUUGGAAAAGUCCGAUUGCUCUGGGGUAUACAAGGGGCCACUUCUCUGCUUUGGUUGCCAUGGAAAAUGAUGGCUAUGGCAACCGAGGUGCUGGUGCUAAUCUGAAUACUGAUGAUGAUGUCACCAUCACAUUUUUGCCUCUGGUUGACAGUGAAAGGAAGCUACUCCACGUGCACUUCCUUUCUGCUCAGGAGCUAGGUAAUGAGGAACAGCAAGAAAAACUGCUCAGGGAGUGGCUGGACUGCUGUGUGACAGAGGGGGGAGUUCUGGUCGCCAUGCAGAAGAGCUCUCGGCGGCGAAAUCACCCCCUGGUCACUCAGAUGGUAGAAAAAUGGCUUGACCGCUACCGACAGAUCCGGCCGUGUACAUCCCUGUCCGAUGGAGAGGAAGAUGAGGAUGAUGAAGAUGAAUGACAAAAAAAUCGAACAGCAGAAGACCAAGGCAUCAGAUCUGUAAUGACCCUAAAGUUAGUGUGGUGCUCGAAGCAGAGUCGACAUCAUGGAAUGAACCAAAUCUGGCAGGAUCUGCUCGGGGAAGUGUUUUCCUGGACCACACACACCUAAUGGAGAUAAUGCCUCUGCUGCGUGAUGGGACAGAGAACUUUAGUUGGACUACAGUUUGUAAAAAAAAAAAAAAACCUAAUUUUAUUAAGACAGAACUUUUUUUCCUUUCAAAUUGUAAAUCUGUCUAUAAAUGUAACGCAUGUGGUUGUGUAAGAAAUUGUGUAAUAGGAAAAGUUGUACCAGCAUCUUCAUAUUAUUGAGAAAAUUUUUUCAGCAUGGGCACUUAGAAAAAGCACAUGGCAAAUGGCUCUUUGUUCCUUUAAGAUAUUAUUUCAGUAGAACCUGACAUUCUACUUUAACCUUAAAAGAUCCAUCUAAGUCUCAGAGAUCUGGAAACGUUUUGUACAGAUUAUCUACACCAAAACAUAAAAAUAACCUUUUAUUUUAUUAAUGAUUUAGUUCCUGUUGUGCCCAAUCCAAUCAAAUCUUUUAGGAACAAACUGCAAGAAGAGCUAAGAAUGUUUUAGAGUGAACUAAAUAUAGACAUUGCUUACUUGUUUUGAAGAGGGUUUUGGUUUUGGUUAUUGUGUCUUCAGUUUUCUGAUAUGCCCCCUUUCGAUAUUUAGAUAUUUAUUUGUUGGGAAGAAUACCUUAAAAUGAGGGUUCUUAUUCCAGAUUCUGGGCAGUGGUCUGAGUAGUUUUUUUCCUGGAUGAAAAGGGAGCAAGCCCACUUGUCACUAAAUGAAUUGUGUGCAGUUUGCUCACUUGGACUCCAUCCACAGUGUACUACUCUCAAAUUGCCAUGCCAUAGGCCUUCGGAUUCUUCCUUUCAUCACCUCUGCUCUAAGCAAAUCUUGUUAGAAGGGCAUGGCAUGCCUUUGCUUAGGCAGAUUGGGAACACCCAUUCACUACAGAAUAAAGAUUUUAAAAAUGCAAUAAGGUGGUAAAUGCAUUCUAUGAAGAAUUUCUCAGUGUUUAGUCUGAGAAUUUUUGCAUGUUGGUUAAUUGUGGCCAUUCUUAUUUAAAGUUAAAAUUAUAAUCUUAGGUAGAAAAACUUUUUUAUAAGAAGUAUUAUUUGACCACUUCAGGUAUACAUUCAAUACUGGGUAAAAAUUUCAGACCUAUCUCAGGAACACAGAAAUACUUGGUGUCCUGAUAAGCACUUUCUAGACUAUUGAUGUGGCCAGGAAUUUGGAAGGAUCACACACACACACACACACACACUCACACACACGCACACACACACACAUAUUUUUUUUUCCCUUCCCUGUGAUGAAAAGGCUGUGAAAACCUUAAAGUAUUUGCUUGUUUUUUAGUUGAUAAUGAAAUGUGUACAACCUCAAAUUUGCUGCCAGAAUGAUACUAAAAAUAGAAAAAUACCCACAAAACUGUCAUGUCUUUAGUUCCGCCCCCCAAAAACUCAGUAAAAAAGUGUUCCCAGGAUGAAAAGAUCAUUUUUGCUGCAUGCUAAAUCUUGCAGGAAAAAAUGAUUUUUGUAGUAUGAUUCCGUAGAAAUGAAUCUUUGAUAUAAUGUAAAUGCUGCUGUUUCAAGUGGUGAAUGUGUUCUUAAAAAUGGGCUAUACUGUUUGCUUUCAUUUUGGCCAAUAAUUAGUUAAUCGAGUUUGUAGAAAAUGUUAGCAUUCUGACUACUUAGCAUCUGUAGUAACUUUUCUCUAUGUAUAGGGAUAAUUUUUUAGUGGGCAGAGAUCCUGUUCUAGUUGCCUGUUAAGCAAAAUCUGCCCUCCCAAUUGAAGAAGCCAAAGAGAAUUGUUCGGGGGAGAAGCAUGUAGCCAUUGCAGUCUGCGUUGCAGCAGCGUUGUCCAGCGAGUGUAUGCUCCGUACUUAGCUUCUACUGUGUGUCGUGGUUUGGUGAGUGUUGUUUCCUCUGCGCGCUCUAUUUAUUUAUUUAUUAUCAGUGACCCUGACCACAUAGUGUGAUAGGUGCAGCAUUCUUCCCUGUGGGAAAGAAUUAAAGAUGGUUCCAUUUCCUAGGCUACAGACAGGAAUGGGGCUCUAAAUGGUUUUCAUAGACUGGCUGUUAAAGGCCAAAAUUUUUGGUAAAUCAAUGCUGUAUUAUGCUCUUGAACUAUUAAACAGCCAUAAUUAUUGUCCCAAGAUAGAAUAUAGUCCUUUUUCAAAGAUUAUACAUGGCUAGGUGACAGACUCUGAUAAAUGAUUGACUCUGGAUAGUAAGUCAUACCUUCGCUCUGUGGACUUGAUGGUUCUUUGCAUAGAGCAAACAGAGCAUGGCAUUUUGUUUUGACCUGUUCUUCCUUGGAGUCAAAUUCAUAUACAUGUAUAUAAAUUUUGGUUUGGGCAACCAAGAUCUAAUUAAACAAAACCCAGGUGGGCCAUG